AUGGAAUAAUAAACAAAAAAGAAAAUUAAGGAUAGUUUAUCUGCAGAAGUAUAUAUAAUUUAUAAUUCAAUAGGUUAGAGAAGUUCUGUCAAAGUUUUCUGAUGAAGAUUAUCUCAUUAUUAAGCCUGCAUUACUUAAUCUAUCAUAAUAGUUUUUAGGAUAGAUUACAGCAAGAAAAAUAAUGGAGAUCCUUUAAAAUUAGUUUGAUAGAUAAUAUAAGGAUUGGGAUAUAAAAGUAAAAAAUUAUAUAUUUUUCUAAUUAGGUAUUGAGAGUUGAAUUUAGGACUCAAGUCAUGGAUGAAGACUUUUCAGGUAAAAUCAUUAGUGAUCCUGAAUUUAACAAUUACAAAAAUAAUGAAUUCUUAUCAGAAUUACUUAUAGAUAAUGAUAAAGAUUUCUUUCAUGAUUGCCUUUUAUCAACUCAGAACAAUAUUUCUGAUAAUUAAAUAAAUUAUGAGGAAGAUGAAGUAGAAGAAACUUUUGAUAAUUUCUAAGAUUAAACAGAAAAUUAAAGUGAUGUUACACUAAUUGAUGCUACCAAAAAAAGAAUAAAGAUCAAUAAAAUUUAAGAAAUCAAUUAGAUGGUUUAAAAAUUAGAGAAGGCUUUAAACAAUGUAUCUAAAUGGGAAAUUCAAAUUUAUAAUAUUGAAGAAGCACCUCUAGAUUCUAAAUUAGAUAGUCCUCUUACUGUUACUUUAAGAUUUUAGAAAAAGUAUUUAAAUAAUCUCUUAAAUUUCCAAUUUCAUUUAAAUUUGGAUUCACAAUAACCUGUAUAUAUUAAUUUUUCAAAAGCAUAAAUAGUAGAUGAUAAAUUGUAAUGUAUGGAUUAUUCUGUAAAAAUGGGUAAGAUACCUUUUAAAUUGUAUGAUUUAACAUUUUCUUAUUUAUAAGGAGAGUAUUUAAAAGACAUCUCAAUUGAUGAUAAUUUGAAUAAGCCAUUUAAAUUGUUUAUGGUUAAUUAUUUUAGAUUUUCAGAUUUACAAAAUGAGUUAAGACAGAUGUAAGUUUAUAUGAUGUUUCAUUGUGAUGAUUCAAAAUUAUAUAGAAGAGUGGAAUUUGUAAUAAAUGUUUUGGAUAAAUUUUUAUUAAGAAUAGAAGUAGAUUUAGUAAAUUGUUAAUAUUGUCAUGCAAUAUCAGAUAAGUUUGGUAAAACAAUGUAUUUUAAAUUGUUAUGUCCUCCAAAUUAUAGUAUUUCAUUGAAUACAAAAAGAAAGUUUGAAUUAUUUAAUGUGUAACAGGAUUGGAUUCGAGUGGAUAACAUAUUAUCAAAUGCAUAUUAUAAUAGACAUAAGAAUGAGAUUGAAAGAUUGAUAAUGGUAAAUAAUAGUAUAAUAAAAGCAAAUUUUAUUAUAGAAUAGGGUUCAAAAGAAGAGAUGACAUAUAAAAUGGUGUUGAAUAAAUUAAUGUAAUAUAACUUAUUGCUUUCUGAUGAAAUUGAUGUAGAAUUUAAAGAGGGAAUGAGUAGAGGAGAAGAAAUAGAUAAAUUAUAGAAAAUGUUAGAGAAUAGUAAAUUAAGUUUUGAAUAGAAAUAUAAUAUAUUAUGUAUUGUAUCAUAGAAUAGGAUAAGUGAUAUAAAUUAUUUAAAAUAAUUGAUAUCAAAGAUAUGUGAAUACAGAUUGAAUUAAUAAGAUGAUGAUGAUAGAAGAGAACGUGUAUUGGAAAUGGCAUUUUAAUUAUUUUCUAGAUAUAGUGUAGAUUUGAAUUUUUCAGUGAGACAAUCAGAAUUAAAUAAAAAGAAUUAUUUAUUAUUUAACAGAGAUUUAUAAAGAUGCGAUGAAGAUGUGAUAAAUUUACUAAAUAAAGAUGAUGAUAAGAGAAUAGCAAUGAUAAAGAGAGUUUCAUUGACACCAUCUGGAUAUUUAUAUAAUAUAAAAUUACCAGAGGAAUCAAGUGUAAUAAUUAGAUAGUAUUAUGAUUAAUUGAAUAAUUUUAUAAGAUUACAUUUUGAGGAUGAAAAUAUGGAGGCAAUUCAUGGACAUUAUUUUAUAACAGAUUAUUAUUUUAAAUAAAAAUUGAAAAAUGGAAUGAAUUUAUUUGAUGAAUAAUAUAGAUUAUUAACAUGGAGUGCUUCUUAAUUGAGAGGAGGAUCAUGUUGGAUAUUUAAUUAUAAAAAAGCUUAAAUAACAAGAUAAAAUUUUAUAGAUUCAAUCGGAAAUUUUAGUACAUUAAAUGUAGAUUAAGUUGCUAAAAAUGCAGCAAGAUUAGGAUAGAAUUUUAGUUCAAGUAAAUCAAUUGAAUUUAGUGAAUUAAAUAUAAUUACUGGAAUUGAUGAUAAAAUGGGAGAGAAUGGAAAAUUGUAUACUGAUGGUAUAGGGAAGAUAUCCAAAAAUUUAAUACAUUAGAUAAGAGUAAUAAUGAAGAAUCCAUAUAUAUCAGCAAUUUAAAUUAGAUUACAUGGAGCAAAAGGUGUGUUAUUGUUAAAUGAUAAUCUAACUGAUAAUACAAUAGAAUUAAGAAAGAGUAUGGUUAAAUUUAAUCCUAGUUUAAUGAAUGAUGGUAAAUAUACGAAUAUGAUAUCAUUAUUGGAUUAUAAUAAAUUUAGAGGUGGAUAUCUAAAUAGAUAAAUAAUUAUAUUAUUAGUAACUUUGGGUAUAGAAGAUGAUGUAUUCAUGUCAUUUUAGAAAGGUAUUAAAGUAAUAAAUAAUGAUAGAAUAUUUGGAUAAGAUUUAAAAUGUAUCUGCAAAAGAUUCAUCAAUAUAUAAACACUUUUUAGUAGAAUACAAUGGAGAAUUGUAAGGAUUACCAUCAAUUAUAGAUAAUAUAAGAUUGAUGAUUAAUUCAAACUUAAAUGAAAAUAACAAUAUCUUUAUAAAAAGAGUAUUAGAUAGAUUAAAAAGAAGAGGUCUUAUGUAAUUAAGAACUAAAUGCAAUAUUUUAAUAGAUAAAGCAGCUAGAGUUUUAGGUGUAAUUGAUGAUUAUGAUGUAUUAAAUGAAGGAGGUAUAAUUAUAAUUUAAUUAUUAAUAAUAGAGGUAGUAUGUAUAGUAAUGGAAGCAUAAGAUGUAAAACAUAUGUAUGUGGAAGGUGAAAUAAUAGUUGUGAGGAAUCCUUGUUUACAUCCUGGAGAUAUUAGAAAAGUCAGAGCCUUGUCAUAAAAUGAAAUACUAACUAGAUGUGAUAAUAAGAAUCCAUUUAAAGAAUACUAUAAUUGUAUAGUAUUUCCAUGUAAAGGCAAUUCCAUUCCUGCUGAAUGUGCUGGAGGAGAUCUUGAUGGAGAUAUUUAUUUUGUUUCAUGGGAUCCUUAAAUUAUUCCAAAAGAACUAUAUCCUUCUAUGAUUUAUGAUGAAGAAAAAAAACCAUCUACUAAUCAAGUUUAACAUUAAGGAUAUGUCUCUUCUGAAGAAUUCUUUUAAGAAGAUAAAAUGACUGAUUUCCUUCUUUAAUAUCUUAAUUUUGAUGUCCUUGGUAAAAUUGAUAAUAGUCAUCUUGCCUUUGCUGAUAGUUCUAUUGAUUAUGCUAAAGAUUCUAAAUGUCUUCGAUUAGCUGAAUUACACUCUACUGCUGUUGAUUAUGUCAAACAUGGCAAUAAAGUUUAUAUUCCAUAAGAUCUAAUCUCCAAAAGAUGGCCUGAUUUCAUGGAAAAAGAUUCAAUUGUCUAUGAAUCAUAAAGCAUUCUAGGUAAACUCUAUAGAGAUGUCUUACAAUAUAUUAAUCAAGAACCACAACCAAUCUUAAAUGGAUAUAAAGUAGAAGGUUUACCAAAUAUAGACACUAGAUUUAUUUAUAAAUUCUUUUCUCCUAAUGAAUUGGCUGAAGUUGAAAAUUAAAACAAUAUCUACGAAGAUUUCUAUUAAAAUAAUUAUUAAUAGUAUUUCGCUUCCUCCAUUUGUAAAAAGGCCCUAUAAUGUUUAAAUCAUAUCUUUGAAAACUUUGACUCCUUAAGAAAAAUGUAUGAUAUCUAAAAUGAAUAUGAAAUAUAUACUGGAUAUUUCACCAAUUUCACUCAAGGAGAAGGAACUAGAUUAAAAGUAAUUAUAUUAUCUAAUUAUAGAGAAAACUAAAUGUAGAUAAAGUUUAGAAAAGAGUUAUUCUCAGUCUUGUUCAACUCAAACAUGAAAUUACUAAAAUUCUAUCCAUUAAUAAUGAAGAGAGAUUAGCAGAAAUUUCUAUUAUUCAUUUCCUUAUGAUGUACUCACCUUCUUCACAUGAAAAUUAAUUAAGAAACUCUCUUUCAUUAAAAUCCUAUUAGCAAUAAUUGUUCAAUGCCUUUGAUAACAACUAAGAGAUCUACAAAUUAUUCUCUCGAUUGAAAAAUAAAUUUCCCUUAUGGUAUAGAGGAUGCAGUUGGUUCUUCUUUACAGUAGAAAUCCUAAGCUUUGUUCAAAAAAAAGAAAAUCAAGAAGUUAAAGAAGAAGAGUUAAUUUGA